UGUGAACGUUGAAGCCGGGGUUAUUACUUCCGCUGUCAUUCAGAGAGGUGCUUGGAUCUGUUUACAAACUUCAUAUUUCAGCAUUAAAUCUCUUACACUAUGUCCCGAGGAUCGACUGCAGGCUUCGAUCGCCACAUCACCAUCUUUUCUCCUGAGGGGAGACUUUACCAAGUCGAAUAUGCAUUUAAAGCUAUUAAUCAAGGAGGUCUUACAUCAGUAGCUGUUCGUGGGAAAGACUGUGCUGUUGUUAUUACUCAAAAGAAAGUUCCAGAUAAGCUUCUCGAUGAAUCCACCGUCACACAUUUAUUCAGAAUAACCGAAAAUAUUGGCUGUGUGAUGUCGGGUAUGACAGCCGACAGCAGGUCACAGGUGCAGAGAGCGCGCUACGAGGCGGCUAACUGGAAAUAUAAAUACGGCUACGAGAUCCCAGUAGACAUGCUGUGUAAACGUAUCGCUGACAUCUCACAGGUGUACACGCAGAACGCAGAGAUGAGGCCGCUGGGAUGCUGUAUGAUCGUGGUCGGGGUGGAUGAGGAGCUGGGUCCACAGGUUUACAAAUGCGACCCAGCAGGCUACUACUGUGGCUUUAAAGCCACGUCUGCCGGUGUGAAACAAACAGAAGCCACAAGCUUUCUGGAGAAAAAAGCGAAGAAGAAAUUGGAUUGGACCUUUGACCAAACAGUAGAGACUGCCAUCAGUUGCCUGUCUACAGUUUUGUCCAUCGACUUCAAACCAUCAGAGCUUGAAAUCGGGGUUGUGACUACAGAAGAUCCCAAGUUCAGAAUCUUGUCAGAGGCUGAGAUUGACACCCACCUUGUGUCCCUCACUGAACGAGACUGAGAAUAUGUACACGAGUCUUGUGACACAUGUUUGAGAAUUAGUACCAUAUGCUCUUAGUGUUCAGGUCAUUGGAUGUUUUUGCUGUUUAUUUAGCUUUUUGUUGUAACAGAACAAUAAAAAAAAGUUUUUGAAAGCUGUCAA